CCAAACGAGGCUUUACAUUCAAAAUGGCGAGUCCUCGUCGUCCACAGUUUUUGGCUUGUUUUAAUGUUUGACUCCAAGUAACUGGGAAUACUCCUCCUUUUUCAAAUUAGAAAUAAUGGGGAACGCACCAUCUGGUGCUAUGAAUGAUAACGAUGACGAUGAUGCCGAUUUUUUGGAGGAGGGAAAGGCUUCAUUUUCACCUGAUUCAUUUGAAGGAGGGCUGGACAUUAGUGUUCUUUUUGAUCAUGCAUUAUUAAGAGAAGCUGCUGGGAAAAUCAAGGAAGAGGCCAAUGAGGGUUUACUUCAGCAACACGUCAGUACUAUCGUCAGAUGGCUGGAGGAGAGAAGAGGACGCCAUGAUGAGUACAUCAGCUUGUCCCAGUUUACCGACAUGUUGGUGGGCAGGGGAGCAAACAGAGAAGAAUGUGUAGAACUUUUUAAUCAAUUUGAUGCCGAGGGCAAUGGGCAUGUUGUGGUAGAAUAUUUUCUGGAGACAUUACAAGGGUUGCCAGGGGGGGCAGUGAGUGCCAAAGGUGACCUAAGAACAUCAACCAAGUCAUUACAAUCCUGUUCGCUUACUCCAGGUUUUGUUGACGCUUUUGCUGAGAACUCUGAAACAGUUUUGAACCAUGGACAGAAGCUCUUGAAGUUUCUAAUGAGAAAUAGGUCCCAAAGUACAUCCCUACCCAUCCCUGCUUUGGAUGGAUUUUGUAACACUUCUGAAAUGAGGCUUAAAGUUCUUCAAGCACAUAUUGAAGCAUUCAAAGAAAAAGUAAAUCUAAGUAAUAGAUCACCAUCAAUAGAGGAUGGUGAGAUUCUCAAACCUUUGACAAAAUGCUACAUGGAUAUAGAAGUGUCAUCAAAUAAAUCAGAUGCAAUGAGAGUUGUCAAUAAUGAUUCCAAUAGCUAUUGGCAGUCUGAUGGUCCAGCCAGAUCACACUGGGUUAGGUUAAGGAUGCGUCCAAAUGUUGUUCUAAAGCAGCUGUCAAUCAAUGUUGCUUCAGCAGACCAGAGUUACAUGCCUCAGCAUGUUGUUAUCAUGGCAGGCAGAGAUGAACAACACCUCAGAGAGAUAGGAGAUGUCAGAAUACCAAGCCACAUCACUGGGGACUACACCUUAAUAGAAAAUGUCAAGACACCCUAUCCUAUUAUUCAAAUCAACAUAAGACGUUGCCAUAGUGAUGGGUGUGAUACCAGAGUUCGUGGCCUCAAGGCUAUUGGAUUCAGGGUGUUAAGAAGCAAGGGUAUGAGUGUAGGAGAUGCAUCAGCUGUGUGGUACCUCUCAAUACUUGGUGCAACAGCACAAGCAGCGUUGCCACUUGCCCCUCACCUACGAGACACCCUUCUUGCUGUCACAAGGUCAGCUUUGAAGCACAUGAGACCUCUUUCAUUGUCACAUAGCUCACCAGAAAGACCUUCAUUCAUGUCACAAAAUGUGAUGGAUGAAGUUGAGAGCUUUCUACAUUCUGUAGUAAGCUUUGGAGGCAGUAUACACCCAGAAAGUUUAAAGAUUCUUCUAGAAUUCACAUUAGCAAGAGGAAGUUUAAAAAGUAUUUUAAAAGUUGUGAAACUUUUAUAUGAUGUUUGUGAUGAGGAUUUUAAUGCAUUAGAAAUUAUACAAUCACUUCAAGAAGUACAGUUCAGUGCUACAAGAAUGCAUGGAACUCAAUUGAAAAUGUCACUUGUUUCUUGUGAUGGAGGAGAAAAAGACAAAAAUUCCAAACCAGAAAAUGUACUGUCAGAAAACUGGACCAGUGAAGCUUAUUUGUCAGAAAAUGGCAAGAAGCUGGUUAACAUGACUUUCUCCUGUGCAUCAUCGAAUCCCAUCAAACUGACCAAGCUGGUUUUAAAGGUUUAUAAAGGAGCAAUUGGACCAAAAGCUGGCAUUGUUUUUGUACUUAAUGACUUUAAAAGGGAUGAAAAAGACAAGGAGCCAAGUGAUACAGAUCUAUUUAGUAAAUACAAUAAUUGGACCAAAGCUGACUAUACAGAGUUUUUAAAAAACAAGUCUACUACAGAUAAAAGUGAAGAGGAACCUGUUGCAUUCUUCACUACAGAGUCAGACUGGGAUGAAGUUGAAGUUACUGUGGACACUAUUCUUACUGGAAAGUACAUCUUGAUCAAGUUUCUUGGGCCUCGUAAAGAACCAUCUGACAGGAUAGGAGUGGUUGGUGUGCACUUCUUUGGCUAUGAAUUGAAGCCUGAUUGCUCACUUAGUGUAGACUUAAAACUGGACGAGCUAGCUCCUUUGCCAGAGUCCAACCCUAUUGAUGGCUCAGUACUUUUUCUCAGAAUACUUGCUUUCCUGGAUGAAAUGGCCAAAGACCAGGUGCUGGCAAAAUCAAAGAGCAAUAAACAAAGUACUCCAAUGCGAGAGAAGGAAGGACAACUGGAAAUAUCCAGUGUUACUCUUGAACUGCUGUGGGAUAUCUAUGGCCUAAUAACUAGCAGAGGAAUAAAACAUCGUAAGAUAAUUGUCAGUAGUGUUCUGUUGUUGCGAUUACUGUACCUGAGUCUACCACACCUAAAACCAAUGAAGAUGUUGACGUCAAAGAAAGAAAAAGAAAAUGCAAGUGAAAAGCAACUCUUGUCAUCGAAAGUGUUUACUCAUUUGUGUGACAUUGUUGACGAUGAUGGCACCUUGUUUACCAAAGAAAUACAGCAGAUAUCCAAACAAAUCAUCCUUGAAGGAGCGGAAGUGUUCUUUCCUGAUACAGAGACAAGACGGAAUCAUCUACUGUCCAUGGUUGAUCAAGUGAUGGGAGAAGGCAAGGCAGUGUCUUUAGCCAUGACUUUUGAGUCGUUAUGCAGGUUCUUCAGUAAUAAGGAUGCUAGUGGACUACUUGGAUUACCUGACAUUUUACCAGAAGGUUUCAACUGCACCCCUGUCAUCUCCGUCAUGACAACACUGCUGUCUGUUGCCUAUCAAGAGUGUAUUGGAAGUUUGCAAUCUGAAAGCAGUAAAACGAAUCAUUCAACGUCAAAUUUGGUUCAAUUGCUCUGUGCCAUGCAGAAGAGUCUUCUUCUUUGGUGUUACACACAACUGAAGGAUGCAGAUAAGAACGGCAAGGAAUCUGCUUUGACACUCGUUCAGGAUUAUACAGCUAUUCUAGCCAACAAGGUUUGCAGUGCACUGCAAACAGUCAGUGGUUCAAAAUGCAAGAUGACCGCCAUUGAUAGACUAGAACAUUCCUUUGUAGCAGCAGCAACAAGACAGUUUGUGUUGUUUCUUAACUUGUUUACUGGUAUAGACGAUAUCUGUUUACACAUGCUCAGAAGCCUCCAUCCAAUUAUACUUGAACUGAAGAAACUCUCCACGGAUCUACCAGAUCUGUUCUUCAAGAUCGAUUCAGAGGAAUGGAACAAAGCACAAGGAGAAACUGUAUUACGAACAUGGGAUGAAGAGUCCAAUCAUGACUAUGAGAAUAACCAAGACAUUUCUAAGGUGUUUAGCUGUCCUGGCUGUUCGGAAUUCACUGUAGAGUUUGAUCCCCAAUGCGAAACAGAAAGGAAGUAUGACUAUUUGGAGUUCACAGAUUCAAACGGGAACAAGCGAAGGUUUGAUCAGAAAGUUGGCACAGACAAGUGGCCAUUGAAAAUUCAAUUCAAAGCAGGUGAUCGUCUGUUGUUCUAUUUCCAUUCUGAUGGCAGCAACAGUGAAUGGGGCUACAAGUUCAAGGUGACAGCGAAGGGAUCUCCUGAUAUAGCCCUUUCUUGGAUUUUUGAUCUCCAACUUGGCAUGGCAAGAUUGUUCGGGGUUCUCUGUAGCGCUGCACUAGAUUCUCGAAAAGCUUCACUUCCACCUUCCACCGCCGAGGUCGAGGAAGACGAUUCCAAGCUCCUUCACAGUGAGAUUUGGACCACACUGUUUCGUGGUGGAUACAUGACGGGCAAGCUACAACGAUCACUGUCUGGACAUUAUAGUACAAGUCCACCACAAGAGUCUGCAGUCAAUUCAUUCCUUCACAAGUUGAUUGAAGGUGAAGAUGCCACGGGAAAUGAGCUUGUUAAAUGCUGUCUGAAGCCUCAUCCAGGUCCCUCCAUGGGAGGUCUCUCGGUAGACAAGGCUGUAAACGCAGUGUUCGCUGCUCUAAUUUGGCAUUCUCAAGAACUCAGGGAACAAGUCGUUUUAUAUGCUAACAAUACUCCUCCAGAAUCGGUGCCAUUGGGUAUCCAAGAAGCGUACUCCAUUGCCGAGUCACUACGAAGAACACUGGUUGAUCGUCGUCAGAAGUUAAUUCUUCAGUCUGAAGAAGAAGAUCAGCAAGGAACUAGUGGAUCCAAGACUGAUCCAGAUUCUCCUGUGACAAGCUGCAGAGAAAAGGCUCAGUUUCUUCUAAAGUUCGGUGGUCUUCAAAGGCUAACGGAUAAAUCAGAGGGAAGAGAUAACAAGAGAUCCAAGUGGUUAAGUAGGAAAUCCUCCUGGCAUAAAUCUUCAUCAAAUGAAAACCUAUCGGCUCCUAUAUCCAUUAAUAAUGCAACCAGACAGCGUGCUUUCUCUGUGGAGGAGAUCAAGACCAUCGACAAGCAUCCUGCUUUUAAACUUAUUAUUGAUUUUGUCACCAAUGAAUCAUACUCCCACGAAAGGAUCCGUCGUCUUCUGCAGCAGCGCUACAAACAUGCCAACACUGUAGCUGAUAUCUACUUGUUUGCUUCUGAUUUUCUCAGAAUCUCUUCUGAAUCAGAUGUGGUCCAGGCUCCCGCUGUUCUGUUCCUUCAGCAAUUUCUCUCCAUGCAGAAGUAUUUUCCGAGUCAUUACGCUGAUAAUCUGGAUGGUUGUGGUCUAGCUCUAGAGGGGAAAGUACGCCGUGCCUACUACACUCUUGUUCGUAGAGGAUUAGAUGCUGUCAAGUCCUAUUCCUCUCAUACGACAGAUUUAAAAACAACUUCUGCUGCAUUUGAAUGCCUUCGUGCUUAUGUUCUUCACCUGCUAGAUACUGAGUGGAAGGCGUAUGACUAUGCCUUUAUUGUCGAUGUACACCUCCCAGAGUUUCUUCUCGAUACUGCUAAAUCUACAGUGCAGAUUCCCAAGAUGGACAUGAAUGAUUUGAGCGAGAAACAAGAGCUGGAACACUACGAGGACUGUAUGAAGUGGUUCGAGGAGGCCAAGAAUAGCUUUGACUCGUGGUGGCGUCGGAUGCAAACACAAGAACUCAAUCCUGAAGAGAAGAGGCAAAUGCACCUGUUUGUCGCCGAGUUUUCGGACUGUCUUGACGUCACCAUCACGUGUGACGGCUGCAGCUGUACGUUGCCAGGGCGACGGUUCCGUUGCUUGAACUGUCCAGACGUCGACUUGUGCAGCGCAUGUUAUCUAGGGGGUAUUAUGCCUGAGGGUCACACAGAAGAUCACCAAGUUGUUGACUUGAGAUACAAGUGUAACAACUGCAGAUGUUUUAUCGUUGGUACCCGAUUCCACUGCAAUGAAUGUGAGGACUUUGAUCUCUGUCUUGGAUGCCAAAUGUUCCUAAAAUUUCCAGCCAGGCAUCUGGCAUCUCACAGGGUCACAAAAUUUCCUUUCAAAUCAGAUUCUUCCAGUAACCAGCCCACAGGAUUGUCCCAGACCUACACCCAUCACCACGCCUGGUUACAGUUUUCAGCCUUGGCAUUAUCCCUAGCUAACGCCUUAAACAUUCCCGACAAGUCAGCAUUUGGUUUGGGUCUUAAUGCUGAGUACAUGCGUAAUGCUGGCCAGCUACACACAGACUGCCUGGAACUUCUCAACAAGUGUCUUAAAUAUACACAACUUCCUACAGAAGCUAAGGAAGAAGCCAAGGCAACAUCAACAGCAUCAGAAGGCAAGACCACUGAAGCCAAGAAUGUCGAGGAAGGCGCACUCUCUUCCUCUAGUGCUGAAGGUCUGGCCAAGUCUUCAUCCUCGGAGGAUUCCCUUGACAAGAAAGAAGCGUCACCCGCGACUGAUGAACUUGAAGAGAAAACGUCUGCAGCACUUUCACAGACAUCUGAAGGCUCCACGUGUGCAGGGGAUGUAGCCCCAUCUACGGAAGAUGCUUCCUCUUCAAAAGAAGUUGUAUCACCUUCAGACGAUGUAGGUCCAUCGAAGGAAGAUGUUGGCUCACCUUCAGAGGUAUCCGCCCCUUCAGAAGGCGGUGCAGCCCCAUCCACAAGGGUUGUAUCAUCUUCGACAGUUGAUAUAUCCUUGUCUUCAGAGGAUACAACCCCUUCUAACCAAGAUGCCGAAGCGUCGAGGUCCGAUGAAACAGUGCUAAUCGCAAAAUAUUCAGGCAGUUCCCUCAGCACAAAACCAAGUGAAUGUUCUAGUUUGGAGACGAUUAGCGAAGAAGAGGCCAAAUCGACGAGAAAAGAAGAGACCGAAAAGGUGUUCGCUAAAGGAGCGCAAGAGAGGUUACUUGGCUUGUUAGGAGCACUGUUGCCACAGGACUCAAAGCUUUCCCACUGGUCAAAUUACUGUAUGGGUAUAGAAGUCUUCCUGGCGGAGCGGCUCCUGCCUUCUUUGUACAAUAUUAUCAGGAGUAGGUAUUGUGAUGUGGAUACCAGGAGUCUAGCUAUGGGUGUUCUAGCCAAGUAUCUCAAGUGCAUCAACCCAGAGGUUUCCGACCGAGCUAUUUUCAUCGUUAAUUCAUCUGGCCAGGUUACUCGGAAUGUGAAGACUCAAGAAUCUAUGGAAGACGCAUCACGUGGUAUACAAGAAUCUGACAAAGUAUCACGUGGCACGAGUACAGUCGAAUUUCUCUUUUAUCUUGGCGCUGAAUAUUUGGCGAGUUCUGACCUGGACGCAGCUUCGGGCAUGGCUUCCACCCUGCAGCAGCUGACCAGUGUAUCGCAGUGGCAACCCAGUGUUAGUACGCACAUUGGUAAAUUCAUCCAGCGGUUAGCCUCAAUUGCAGAUACGAUCGAGUUGAAUGCUAUAUUUGGUCUGCUCGUGUUUGCGGGAUUUCCAGACGUUGUGCGUAUGGGUUCCGUCGUAGAAGUCAAACAAAUCGCUGAAGAAAACCGAAAAGCAGUGGUAUUGAAAUCAUACCCUGAGAAAGGCGCUGUGAUGGUGAUAGACAUCAAGUCACGAAGGAAAAAAUCAGUCAAGGAACACGACGUAGAGAGCUCUUCUGGUUGGACAGAUGCAAGUCAUACUACUAACAUGACGAUAUUGAUUGGAAUUGUGAAGGAUAAUUUGACAGAAAUUAAACGAGGUACCAGCGUGUCAGUUGAGAGGCUUUGGAUGCUGUAUUUGGCUCUUAAAGGACUAUUGCGUAACAUCAAGGCUGCAGAAGACAGUGUGUAUCAUAACGACUUGAUCAAGCGUGACGUCAUUCCUGUACUAAUCAAUCUCAGCUGUAAGGGAACGUCAUUUAGCAAUCAGUGGCUGUUAAGAGACCUCGAGGUGUUAUCGCUGAAACUUUACAAACUUGAGAAGAUGAAACCAAAGGAGAAAUCAGAAGCACCAAUGAAAGGAAAGGGCGCAAAAGCAGCCGCGCAGGCCGCAGCGAGUAAACCAUCAUCAACGUCGGUAGCCAGUGGAUCGUCUGCUGAAUCUGGUGGGGAGGAUCCUUAUGAAGGCAUGGAUGAUGUGACCAAGGCCUGCUUUGAUACCAUCCACGAGGCCGUCCAAGCAUCAUUAGCGAUACUAAGAGCUAUUUAUGAAAACGUCGGAAGAGACCGAGAAAAACUCCUGGAAGAAGUACAGCGAUGCUUUGAUGGAAGUGGAUUUCAACCCUCAGAAGAAGUCAAAGAACUUUCAAAGAAAUGGGAACCCAAACCAGAAAAGACUGAAGAUGUUCCUCAAGAUGUAGUGAUAGAUGUGGGGGUGGUGAGGUACUCUGCUAAGGAACUCAAGAACUGGACUGUAGAGGCGAAACCCGAACAGGAGGACAUGGCACAGAAGCUAAUACCUACUAUGAGUGAUGCUGAGAUAGCAGAGACUCGACAAAAACAGGCUCGUACCAAAUCAGCUGAAUUACUAAAGAAUGUUUUAGAAAAGGAGAGAAAACCUGGUUGUACAGAUUACCUGGUUAAGGUUAAUUUAGCUUUAUCCAUAAUUUACGCGCGUCAUCUGCUGGCCGCUAUUCUGUCCGACUGGCCAGAAGAACAGGUCAUUACUUCUGAACUGCUGGACAAGUGUGACGAGAUCCAACUAAUAGGACUUCUAGAUAUCAUACAAAGAAUGGAGAGUAAAGAAACUUUUGAAAACGUUGUAUCAAACGUCGUUCGUCAGGGUGACACUUUACUCGUGCAGCCCUUGUCGUUAGCUGCUACUCAUUGUAUGGGAGAAGAGACUCUUUCCUCAGAGACCAGGGAAUCUGAACACGAUUACAAGAAUGAAACUGUGGACUCGGGUAAAGUACAUAUAGCAGGGGCAUCAACCUUGUUCGUCAAAUUCGACCCAAGGUGUGCUACAGAGGAGGGCUGCGAUGAACUCAUUUUAGCAACGUCGUUGGACUAUCAACAGAACAGACACGUGUUCAGCGGACCGCAGGGUCGAUGGGUGGACUUAGAACUACCAGGUGAUACAUUAUAUUACAAGUUCACGUCAGACAGUAGUACCAAUGACUGGGGAUGGAAGUUUGUCGUAACAGGAGGACAGCAUGGAAGGUUCAAGACAGGAUUCUCGGUAUUAAAUGCUCUACUUUCGCUGGACAAUCAUAUCGCAAGAACUCUUCCAGUUCAGCUGCUGUGGGGAUGGCUAGUAUCUGUAGCUUGUUGUCAGGUUGGACAGCAACGGCUCAUGGCAACUGGUCUCUUGCUGAGAUUAUUAUUAGUUGUUUCUGGGCAAGCUGUAGAUAGCAAUGGAUCUCAGACGGACCCACUGGACGCUGCACAAAGACCCGACCUUAGGCUGCUGAAGCCACUAUGGGCCUUGUACACCAAGAUGUUGGAGAAAGAAGGCAGUUCCGGUGCAGCACCAACUCUUGUAUCUCCGGUAUUACGCGGACUGACAGAGCUUUUCUUAGUGGUAGAGAAUCUAGCUCAAGACUGGGGUAUGGCUGAAGAUCUUGUCGUGGGAUUCACGACCAAUGAAAGUCUAAAGAGGUGCUUCUCACAGGCUGUACAAAAGAUCGGGGCCAUAGGUAUUGCUAUUGGUUUGCCUAAUAAGGCGUCUGAUGCUCUUAUACAAGCAGCACUCCACACCCCACCAAAGCCUCCGACAGAAACAAAGGAGGAUGGUGCCCCUGUCGCUAAGUCAGAUGAUUUUGAUUUACCUUUUAUGAUACACCUCGAAGACGAGGAAAACGAUGAUACAACUGCCGAAGAAGACACGACCGAUGACGAAAGCUCCGGAAGCGUCUGGUAAACCCAUGCUUGCUUGCCUCGGAAAAUGUUCGAAAAAUGCUUGGAAACUGUUAAACGGUUUGCCGUAAAAUACCUAGAGAAUUAUCCAAUGUAGAUUUAUAUCAAGAAAUGCUGAAUCCCGAAGAAGAGCAUUGAAUUAUGGACAAUUGUGAUUUCUGCGCGGUCCUGACUGCUGAAUGUGGCUGAUGUCACGCAAGGCGUUUCCUGCCCAUUCUAAUGUUAAGUACUGCUGGUUCUAGUUACAGGUCACGCAACAUUGUCUGGCCGUACGUUGCGCACUAAUGACGCAUCUUACCGCGAAAAGGGGAUAGUGACUUGCUAAUAGUAUUGCUUGUGCAAAUUUUAUUGAAGAAAAAAAAGCAAUAAAGGUUUAGUUGUUCAAUGUAAUAACAAAACGUUA